CUAUGCAAAGAUAUCAACCGUAAACGACUACUGAAUCGCUUGUGGUCGGAGACGAUAAGGAAAGUGUCGGAGCCGAGCAGGAAGAUGGUGACAGAGAGACUGCUGCAGCCUGACAGGUCACUGGCGAGGCUGGACAGGAAUUUUAGAUAUCAUAUUCCUCAAUGGCUUAUUUUUUCUAUAUUUUUUCUUUCUCGAUCCGGUAUGGUACUAAUUGAAACGUCCCGGUACACAUCAGGCUUCAACUUGGGUGAGCCCAACAUGUUCGCAGACUGGAUUCAUAGGAUGUUCAGGCUUGAGCUGAUGAUUGACGAGGAUGCCAGGGAGGGUGUUUUUUUGAGACUUUCGCGGAUUAGGAUACGGAUACCCACUUCAUGCAGGUUAUUAAUGCUUCUAUGUCCUCCUUUGUUUGUGUUUGUGUGCGUGUGA